CAACAACAUUUCAAAAUAUUAGCACACAAAAUAUUAAAGUUAGGGCUACUGUUUAGGGUUUAGGGGAUUAGUCUUUGGUUAUAGUGAUGGUUUCAGAAGGUCAGUGUUAGGGGACUACAGUCUAGGGUUUAGUGAGUAGGGUUUAGGAAUUAGAGAUUAAGGUUUAAGUGUUUAAGGAUGUGUUUUUAUGUUUUUAAGUCAGUGAGUUUUGACUCAUCCAGACGUGAGUGUGAGUGAGUGUGUGUGUGUAUGACUACAGCAUUGCUGUGAGACACACUUCCUCACAUUGCCACACCCGUCACAGUAAUGAAACACAGGUGUGUCAGUGGAUAAAAGCAGUGGAGCGAGUGAGCGGAGACAGUUAGAGAGUUAGAGAGCUGUUGUGUUUAUUUCUCCAGGAUGAAGACUCUGAUUAUUCUACAGAUCAUCGCAGCAUUAGCAUCAGUGUGUAUGGCGCAGCAGGAGUGUGUGAGCGGGGCAUGUUAUCCUCCGCUGGGUGAUUUACUGAUAGGCAGAGAGACUGAACUCAGAGCAUCGUCCACAUGUGGUCUCUCCGGCAUCGAGGUGUUCUGUACACCUUUAGGACAGUGGAAGAUGAAGUGCUGUCCAUGUGACUCAAGAACUGCAGCAGGUCAAAACGCACACACAAUCCAGAACGUUCUGAGUGCAGCUGGACCUGAGCGCUGGUGGCAGAGCAAGAAAGAUGUGAGUCCUGUCACUAUAGAGUUGGACCUGAAACAGCUGUUUCACAUCAACAACCUGCUACUGUACUUCAAGGGUCCAAGGCCGGACGCUCUGGUGAUUGAGAGGUCGUCUGAUUUCGGGAGGUCGUGGACUCCGGUGAUCUACAUGGCCACUGACUGUGAAUCCACUUUCCCUCACGUCCUCACAAUGACCUCUGACCUCGACAACCCCCACUGCUACACACUGCCCUCCAACACCAAUAACCCCUUCCAGGACCAGAGGGUGUAUUUUCACCCUCUGCUGCAGUACUCAAAUGUUCCUCUCCCACAUGAGCAGAAGAUCGAGAGGCUGUCAGGUUAUACAGGGCUGCGUGUGAAUCUGACUCAGUUUGGGGCGGUGCCUUACACACCUGGCCGACACCCAUCACGCUUCUAUGCCCUGAAAGAGAUGAAGCUGAUUGGCUCCUGCUUCUGCCAUGGCCACGCUGACCACUGCCUUCCUGACCCCACCUCCAAAGACCUGCCCAACACAGAGGUAUAUGGUGCAUGUGACUGUCAACACAACACAGCAGGUGUGAACUGUGAGAGAUGCGCUGACCUUUACAACGACCUUCCAUGGCAACCAGCAGAAAGAGACAACACACACACCUGCAAACGUUGUGAGUGUAAUAACCACGCCCAGCGUUGCCGCUUUGACCAUGAUCUGUACGAGAUCAGCGGGAGGAGGAGUGGUGGAGUGUGUGAAGAGUGUACACACCACACUACAGGAACACACUGCGAACGCUGCACUGAAAACUAUUACAGGAACCCCUGGAGCAACAUGCAGAGACCUGACGCAUGCUUACGGUGUCAGUGUGACAGUGCGGGGUCAGAGGCCGGGCGUCAGUGUGAUGAGGUGACGGGGGCGUGUCACUGUAAGGAGAACGUGGAAGGAGCACGCUGUGAGCUCUGUAAACCCGGACACUACGGCCUCAGCAGGAACAAUCCACUCGGCUGCUCCAAGUGCUCCUGCAGUCCAGUCGGUUCCCUCCACAGUGUGUGUGACGCUGUGACAGGUCAGUGUGUGUGUGAGCCAAAUGCAGGAGGAAGGUCAUGUGACCGGUGUGCUGAGGGAUUCUGGAACUCCUCAUCAGGAUGUCGGCCAUGUGACUGUGACCUCACGAACUCCAUCGGCAACACCUGUGACCAGGUAACAGGUCAGUGUGAGUGUCGUCCUGGUUUUGGGGGUCGGACCUGCAGCGGCUGUCCAGAAAACACGUAUGGAGACCCACUAACCGGCUGUAGAGCAUGUGUGUGUGACCGUGUGGGCAGCCUUUCUGGGGAGUGUGACCGUCGUACAGGUGUGUGUGUGUGCAAGCCAGGUGUGGUAGGGGACAGGUGUGACAUGUGUGGGCGUGGUCACUGUGCUCAGUUUCCUAACUGCCCCGUCUGUCCAUCCUGCUUCUUCUGGCUUGACGCAGAGCUGCAGAACCUCAUGCUCCGUCUGCAGCGGCUCACACACGCACAGCAUACACUCCGGCGAAUCAUCACUGCCCUGCAGCAGCUCCCUAACGACAAAGACCUGUACGACAACUAUACACACCGUUUAGACCCGCUGCGCUCUGAGUUGGAGAAGGUGGAGGAGGAUUUGAGGCGUACAGGUGUACUUUAUACUCCAGACCUGGAGGUGGAGCUGCACAGACUCCAGGAACAGCUCUCUGACCUUCACCUGAUUUACAACGCCAAGAAAGAAGCAGCAACACACUUCAACAGCUCUAACUAUGCUGGAGUCCUGGAUGCAGUUAAAAAUGCCUUCAACAGAUCCACAGACGCGGUGAAACGUGCAAACGGAGCAGCAGACACUGUGGACAACUCAGCAUCAGUCAGAGAUGAUGCCAUUAAAGGCCUGAAGAACAUACAGCCAAUCAACACGCAAAACCUGCAGACGCUCCUCAAGGACCUGGCAACCCACCCCAACCUCACACCUACAGCCACACAGGUGUGUGGCAGUAGGCGUGUGUUGCCGUGUACCCCACAGCAGUGUGAGGGCGAGCUGUGUCCUGUAGACGAAGCGCCCCCCUGUGUUCAGGGACAGAAGUGCGUGGGCGCGUUACCAUGGAGCCAGAGGGCAGAGAAAGACACGGUGGAGGUGAAAGACAAACUGCAGCAACUUAAUGACAAGAUCACUCAGGCAUACACACAGAUUCAGAAGUCCCAGGACUCGACCAAUCAGGUAAGACUGUCUGCAGAUGAGCUGUCCAAUCAGAUGAAGCGUACUCGUGGUGACAUCGAUGAUGGACUGAAGGACAUUAAAGACUUUGUUAAGAAGCUGAAGGACUUCCUAUCAGACCCGACCUCUGACCCUGCAGCAGUGCAGCGUGUGUGUGAAGGUGUGUUGGGUGUGAAGCUGCCUGAGACGGUCGACGCCCUAAAGAAGAAGCUGAAAGAGAUUCAGAAUGUGGCUGCCUCAUUGCCCGACACCAGCAUGGUCCUAAAAAACGCCAGUUCAAAGCUGCAGGAGGCGGAGCAAUUACUGCAGAAUGCCAAGAACGCCAGGGACACAGCACUGGGUCUCCAGGAGAACAGUGAUAGUGUUCUAGCGUCUCUGAAUGAUGGCGAGAGCGCCCUCGCUGACAUGAAGGAGAAACUGCAGCACAACCUCAACAUCACUGACCAAGUCAGAAACAACAUCCAGAACGUGGAGGACGUUCUGCUUCCCGUGGAGCAUCUAGUGAACAAGGGGUUAGGGUUAGUGGACACACUGCGGCCACUGCUGGACCCUCUGAAGGAGGAAGUGCAGAGAGGAAGGGAACUAGCGGAGGAGGCAGGGGAGAAGGCAGAGGGGGCGGAGCAUGAGGCCAACACUGCAGCACAGGACCUGGAUUUACUGCAGCAGCUGUUGUUGAAGCUGAAGGAGAACACAGACGUAAACAACACCACAGAUUCAGCAGGAAAACGCCUACAGACUCUACAGACUGAGGUCACACACCUGAUUCAGGACACAGCCGACAUCCUGAACCAACUCACAGAUAAGGAGGCAGGGCUACAGAAGUUGGGGGAGGAGUUGAUGGGAAACUCUCAGCGGUUGGAUGGUUUGGAGUCUCGGCUGAAUGAACUGAUCAGUGACAUCAGCACUAAAGUCACUCAUCUCAGCUGGUGUGAGGACUGAACACCUUUUACACUUUUAAUGUAAAUUUUAAAGUUAACGUUAACAGUAUUUUAGUAAUGUUGCACGUGAGCUUUUUGUCUAAUAACAAAUUAAAAGAUGUCACAUUUCACUUCUAAUAAAAAGAAACAGUGUGUUACAGCA